GUUUCUGAUAAAUUUUGAGAAAUCCAGGAUAGAUUUGUUAUCUUUGUUUGGUUGUUAGAAGUUUUAGUCAUCGAGUAUAACUAGCCCCUACACUCCAUCUCUUGAUUAUUUUUGAAUCAUCUGGAUUACGAUCAACGGCAAUUUAUACAACCUUCCAUUGAUCUCUUCUUCCAUAUUUGCUCUUUAUAUUUACUGUUUUUUUUAUUUUUUGGUAAUGCGAUAUAUGUUUUUUCAUUAUUUGUUCUAUUUGCUAUUCAAAAGGCCACCAAAAAUAUUUUUUUUUUAAAUCCGACUGAAAAUGAAAAAUUUUCCGACUAAAGGCUUAGUUAGCAUUCUGAAGAUAGCUUAAUUGUUUUAGGAUGGCUGGAUUGAAGCUAGGAACUUUCUCGUCUCAGAAUGAAAAACUUGGGCUGAAGUAGAGGCGUUAGCAUUAGCUUACCAUGUUUUUGUUUGAAAUAGGGCAGAAGCGUUCUGUUUGUUGCAGUCUGAAUAUCAAAAACACGGUUUGGUGGCAUACGGGAUGGAUAGAUUGCCGGAUGAGAUCCUGAUUGUCAUUCUGUCCUGUUUGAAUCUCAAGGAAGCAGUGAGGACCAGCAUCAUUUCACGCAGGUGGAGAUAUUUAUGGCGGUUUACUUCUUGCAGUCUCGAAUUUCUUAACCAAUGGGAUGGAAACCCGGGUACCUGGGUAGAACCAACUGUUUUUCUAAGCUGGGUGGAUCAAGUUGUCAAAUUGCAUCAGGGGCCAUCUUUAGAUAAGUUUAUUGUACACUGCCAAGGAAUAACUGAUGAGAGUCCUAACCGUAUUUGUGAUUGGAUUCGUUUCGCAAUGGAAAAGGAAGUAAAGGUUUUUGACUUGGACAUAUCAUGUCAUGAUUUUCCUGACCUCAACAAGUUUUUGUCGAUUUCAAGGGAAGUGAAGCCUAGCGUGGAUCGAAUUGGUCUCACCUCGUUGACAUCCUUGAGCCUGGUCGAUGUGAACGUCAAGGAUGAGAUGAUUGAGUAUCUUUUAUCCAGUUGUCGACAUCUUGAACAUCUCUGUAUAAAGUUUGAUAAUUAUAUGAAGAAACUGAAUGUUCUUAGUUCAUCUUUAAAGUCCUUGAGUAUAUUCUAUUGCACAAAAUUGAAAAGUUUGACAAUUUCUGCUGCAAAUCUUCUGUCUUUUGUGUACGGGGAAGCAUCUAUGUCACCUGUAUUGAAACUUCAACUUCAGAAUGUUCCUCUCCUAUCAGAGCUUCAGUUGAAGGGACCGCAUUGUGGAUCAUUUUUAUUUGAGCCUUCGGAGCAUUCAAAAUACAGUCAUCAGUUGCAGAGGCUUGUCUUGAAUGUGCCCAUGCUGGACGUUGUUUCUGCACCGAGGCAUGAUCAUUCUUUAUUUGGACUUCCUCAAUUGCAAUGUCUCAAACAGCUGGAUUUGAUCCUUCAUGCAAGGGCUGGUGAAAGCUUUCUCUUCUUUGUCUUGUUGACAACAGCAUGCCCUUUCUUGUCUAGUUUGGGUGUCAUGAUGUUCUAUGACUCGCUGGCUUCUAAAGAGGCGAUUGCCACUGGUCUUCGUCGCUACAAUCGUGCAAAGGCAGAUCUUACUGCUCAUGGCCAUCCAUGUCUUAAAGUGAUCAAGUUGAUUAAUUUUGCUGGUUACAGGAGCGAUUUUAGGUUUGCAUUGGCAUUACUGCAAAUUGCUAAGUCACUCGAGAAGAUAAUUAUCAAGCCUGGCCCUGGAUUUCUUGGAGCUGAGAGGAUUGCAACAGUAAGAGAACGGGCAAAACAGCUCGAAGCAAACUUACCACAAGGAGCUGAACUGCUGAUAGUUUCAGAUCUGCAAAUAGGUUCAGAUCUGCGAACUUACCACAAGGAGCUGAACUGCUGAUAGUUUCAGAUCUGCAAAUAGGUUCAGAUCUGCGAACACAAUGAGUCGCAAACUUAUAGUCGGUUGUAAUUUAUACGAUUGCAAAAUUAGUCAAUAAAAUUUGGAUCAGUAACCAGGAAUUUCUUUUUAUCAUGAGAA